AAGAGCCACAGAGGUGCCUGGAGCUUGUUGCUAUCACCCAACAGCAUAUCUAACCAAGUUACAAAAGGGGUUGGGGCCAAAGCACGAUCCCUCCUCCACUGUCACAGGGCCGAGCAUAGAAGGUUAAAGGAGCAGUUCACCCCAAUAAGGUCCGUGGGAUUGAGUCACAGUGGAGAUGUCAGCAGGCGGGGGUGGCCUGGGGAUGUCCGGUCACCGCCAGCGCUCCGGCACGGUCAAGAGGAGGCGUUGGGGAGGUUUGAGGCAGCAGUGGAAGCUUCUGGGCGUUUUUGAGAUUGAUCAGCAGCACGAGUUCUACAGUCUCACCUGCAUGAUGAAGGAGGGAUUGGCAGCAGCGAUUCAAAACAACAUCAACAAUUCAGCUACAGUGAGUACGCGGCAGCAGAGGCACAAUGUCAUCAGAGCGCUGCAGCCCGCUAAGAAUGAACUGUCAGAUGAUGAUUACAGAUUAGAGGUCACUCAGAUUCAUAAGGACUUUACAAUGGAGACAUUUGCAGGCCCUGUGUUUGCCAGCCUGCGUAGCUCUUCAGGAAUGACGGAGCAGGAGUAUCAGCAGUCGCUCUGCUCUGAAAGCUGCUACCUCCAGUUCAUCAGCAACUCCAAGAGCAAGGCCGACUUCUUCCUGACAAAUGAUAAGCGAUUCUUCUUGAAGACUCAGAACAAAAGGGAAAUUCAAUUCCUUCUGACCAACUUGAAAAUCUACAUGGAACAUCUGAGGAAGUUCCCCCAUUCAUUGCUCGUCAAGUUCCUAGGUGUUCACAGGAUCAAAAUCCCACACAGAAGCAAGAAAUACUUCAUUGUUAUGCAAAGUGUAUUUUAUCCCGGUGAUCGGAUCAGCGCCAGGUACGACAUUAAGGGCUGUGAGGUGAGUCGGUGGACAGAGCCGGCACCAGAGGGGAGCCAGAUCAUUGUGGUUCUCAAAGACCUCAACUUCGAGGGCCAGUCUGUCAUCCUCGACCAGCAGCGUCAUUGGCUGGUGCGGCAGGUGGAGAUUGACACGCACUUCCUGCAGAGGCUCAAUGUGUUGGACUACAGUCUCCUCUUGGGCUAUCAGCCCUUACACCAGGAUGAACGCCACCAGAGUAUCUCCUUCGCUACUCUCAUUAUAAGGACCAAAAGAUCUGUGAAUCCAGGCGGCAGCCGCGUCCACGCAGGCACGGCUGCUGUCCCCGGGGCCGUCCUGGAAGAGGACUCCUCUCUGAAUGGAUCUGAAACAGGUUGUAGCUAUUUGGCGCCCUCGCAGGCAGCGGUUGCAUCAUGUGGUGGCGGGUCGAUUAGUCAAACUGGUCCAGAGCCUUCGGUGCCGAGCGGUGACGCAACUGAGCUUCCAGACUUCAGGGCCCAAAACAGACGUUUAUUGCCCAAUCUAAAGAAUCCUCUGCACGUCAUCGAUGGGCCUGAGCAGCGCUACUUCAUCGGCAUCAUUGAUAUCUUCACAGUUUAUAGUUUUAGGAAGAGACUGGAGCAUUUAUGGAAGAGUCUAAGACAUCCAGGCCGGUCCUUCUCCACCGUCAGUCCGCAGACGUACUGCCUCAGAUUGUGUCACUGGGUCCAGGACCACAGCAAGUAGACCACGAGGGGUGGAGACGCUCUCACAACAACACACACCCAAGUUCAUCUAUAUCUCUUCAAGUGUUUAAAACGCAUCAACGGCAUUUUUCGCCUCAUUCCCUAAAAAAACAGGUUAUUGACCAACAAAAUCGGUUAUCAUUUACUUUUUUGCAGGAAACAAAUGAUAAGUUGGUAAACAGGGGACAGCAGGGGAACCGCUGCCAUGUCUAUUGCAAACAGGAAAAGUUAGCAUUCACUUAUUUUAAUUUUAUGUUGAAUGUUUAACAUCAUGCCUGCAAGUGAAGUUCUUUAACAAACACUACUUAUCUUUUAGCUAAAGGUUGAUUUUUUUUUACUAAAACUGAUCAAAUAGCUGUGUGGUGUGUUUUCACAGUGUUGAGUGUUGAAAACCGACUGUAACGAGUUGUAUGGGAACGUCGCGUUUAAGACACCAUGCUUUCUUUGUAUCUCGCGUUGACAUUUUGAGAGGCUGUUAUUUGACUCGUUGUCCAUUCUAUGCACCCGCCAUGUCAAAUGUCUUGUAUGUCAAACACACUUUGGCAGUAAAUGUUACUCAUUCCUGAUUUUUUUUUUGCACAAAAUGUACUGCUCUGUUUUCCACUGUGCAACAUACAUGCACAAAUAACCAAGACAACCUGGAAAUGUGUUUUCAGUGGCUUCCGUCAGUCACAUGAUGGCUGUUGUCGGUGAUUGACAUUGUCUUUUCUAGUUGAUCGUACAUAUUUCUUCCAAAAUAAGGUUCCUUCAGGAUUAAUCCUAUUGUAUUGCUGUGGAUAUUCAAGAAAUAGACACAUAUUACUGUGACACACAUGCAUGUUUAUUGCACAUCUAAGGAGCACAAGUUGGAAAAGUAUGUGAUGACAAGAUGUGUGGACCUUUCAGAGCCCCUCCUGAAGGAAUGUUACGACACACAAGUUAAAAACAGGAAACACCAGAUAAAACAAGUGUGCUUUGGAAGUAAUUUAAAUGAAUUAAUUAAUUUACGCACACACACACACGUUGUGGAGUGGAGGCGGUUUCUACAGUUUGCAAGCUCUGUUCUUCAGUCUUGCCUGCUCUUAUAAGAAAGAGAAUAUUCAAUCGUUUGACAAAAAAUUUCAGCUCUUUAGGCCUUUGACAACCUUUUUCUGGAGCUUUCCGCUCCAGUUGUUGUGGAUGGAGUUUGCUCAGUAGUCAUCCGCGUUCGACUUAAUGAAAACUGAAAUUCAGCGGAAAGCUCUCGAAAAAGACCGUUUUUGGCAAUGAGAUAUCGAGACAUACUAAUAGUAAUUAGCAACAUCCAAAAACGCACACAUUGCAUCGCUACAUUGAUCAUUCCACUAAUACAGAUCGAGCAAACCACAUAUUCUGGUUAUUGCAGGCUCAUCAGCAAUGGAGCUAAAAACAUCAAUUUAGUCCUAAAGAAAAAAGAUAUAAGCAUGAAUGUACUCAAACGUCAUUACAUUUUGAUUUAAAAUAAACGGAGGAUAUUUGGCCCAAAUAGUGGCUCUGAAGAAAAAGCUCCAGGGUCACGAUAUCUUUCAGCGUCAUCUUAUGGGAACCAACAAUCUAUGGCAGUUGUCAACUGCACUAAACUACUGUUUACAUCUGAUAGCAACUUGUGAUGUAAAAUCAAACGUAUGAUUCUCUUAUAUAUACAGGAGUAUACGGGAAUUAACCCUCUGGUAUUAGUGUUUUUCCCUGAAUCAUUUCAGUUCUAAAUGUGCUGGCUUUCCAUAGCUGGCUACAUUCUUCACAAAAAAAACUCAUUCCGUACAUCUUGAACAUAUAGUUUUGAUUACCUGUUUUUUUUUUCUCAGCCUUUCUUUUGCAGUAAUUACUUUUAUUCAUGGUAAGUCGCCCAACUUGUGCUUUUUGAUGGACCCCAACAGCCGCAAAUAAUCAGGCCGCGAGCCACCUUUGCCUUCCGAGGCGCGGCCUGUCUGCUGGUAGGAACGUGCCCAUUGAGACGGAAGUCCCCCGUGCACAGGGACCAGUGGAUAAUUGUAAAUGUAAAAUAACAGAGACAUUCCCGGGUGGGCCAGACUUCCCCUUUUUGAAUGGCAGGGAAACACUGGAGGUGAUGGUUUCCUUUAGUGUGACGUACAUACAUCUUACUGCUGUAAAAGGUCCGCCUGCUGUUAAUAAACGUAUUAAAAGUGAA